AUGAUCAUGGAGAGAUCUGAUUCUCGAGAUUUCUACAACUUAGCUCGGGCUUCCUCUGAUAAUAAUAAGAAUAGUACACUCUUUGACGCAUCUCAAUACGAGUUCUUUGGUCAAAGUCUUGAAGAAGUGGAAUUGGGAGGUCUUGACGAUGAUGCUGCUGUUCUUGGACAAGCCGAUGAUGAUGAGUAUCACCUGUUUGAUAGAAGAGAGGGUGCUGGUUUAGGAUCAUUAUCUGAGAUGGAUGAUCUUGCCACAACUUUUGCAAAGCUGAACAGAGUUGUGACCGGGCCCAAACACCCUGGAGUAAUUGGUGACAGAGGCUCAGGCUCCUUUUCAAGGGAAAGUUCUACUGCUACAGACUGGACACAGGACAACGAGUUCACAAGCUGGUUAGACCAGCACAUGAUCGAAGAACAAGCUCAAGAAGCCACCUGGCCUUCACAGCCACAACCAUCUCCCAACUCAAAAUCUCUCCACAGAACAUCCUCCUAUCCUCAGCAGCAAACUCAGCUGCAGCACUACAGCAGCGAACCAAUCAUCGUACCGGAAUCAUCCUUCACCUCUUUCCCUUCCCCUGGCAACAGAUCUCAACAGUCUUCACCGAGCCACAUCCACCGCGCUCCAUCUCUCCCCGGUAGCAGCCAGCUGAACUUCUCAGCUCCCAACGCGUCUCCCACAUUCCAUCUCUCAGGAUUGUCUCCACACGGACCUCCUCAUUACGGUAGUAGUAGUAGUAAUCUUGCUAGAUACGCCUCUUGCGGUCCCACUCUCGGUAACAACAUGUUGCAGCCUCCUCAGUGGCUCACCGACCCGGGACUUCUCCACGGGGAUCUGUUACACAGUCUCGUGCAACAGCAACAGCAACAGAUGCAACUGCCUCCUCGAAACGGUUUCACUUCGCAACAGCUGAUCUCUCUUCAGCAAAGACAAUCUCUAGCUCAUCUUGCCGCGUUACAGUCUCAGCUCUACAGCUCCUAUCCUUCUCCAUCGUCGCAUAAAGCUCCUUUCGGAGUCGGCGAAGUGAGAGAGCACAAACACAAGUCGUCUCACAGAAGCCGAAAGAGCAGAAGCGGCAUCUCUCAACAGCCCUCGUCGGAUCUAUCCAGCCAGAAGAGCGAGACCGGGUUAGGGUUUAGGUCAAAGUACAUGACGUCAGAAGAGAUAGAGAGCAUUCUCAAGAUGCAGCAUUCCAAUUCACACAGCAGCGACCCUUACGUCAAUGACUAUUACCACCAAGCUCGCCUCGCCGCGAAGAAGUCAGGAGGUAGAGCAGCGCCGCCGCAGUUCUAUCCUUCUCAUUUGAAGGACCACCAGUCUCGGUCGUCUCGUAACGGUUCUGAUCAGCAGCAGCCGCAAGUCCACGUGGACGCUCUCGGAAAGAUCACGCUUCCUUCUAUUUGCCGGCCGCGAGCUCUUCUCGAGGUCGACUCUCCUCCUACCUCCGGUGACGGAAGAUCCGAGAAGCAUCUCGAGCAAGAGCCUCUAGUUGCAGCGAGAGUCACCAUUGAAGACGCGUUCGGAGUUCUCAUCGACAUCGUCGACAUCGACAGGACUCUCCAGUUCAACCGGCCGCAAGACGGUGGCGCUCAGCUGAGGAGGAAACGGCAGAUCUUGCUAGAAGGAUUAGCGACUUCGCUUCAACUCGUUGAUCCGUUUAACAAAACCGGGCAGAGAACCGGGUUAACCGCCAAGGACGAUAUCGUCUUUCUACGCAUAGCCACGCUUCCGAAAGGUCGGAAGCUGCUGACGAAGUAUCUCCAGCUUCUUGUUCCGGGGAGUGAGAUCGCUCGUGUUGUCUGCAUGGCUGUGUUUCGCCACCUCAGGUUUUUAUUCGGUGGCUUGCCGUCGGAUAGCGUUGCGGCGGAGACGAUAGCUAGUCUCGCGAAAGCGGUUACGGUUUGCGUUCAAGCGAUGGAUCUCCGAGCGCUGAGUGCUUGUCUUGCGGCUGUUGUUUGUUCUUCGGAGCAGCCGCCUCUCCGUCCGAUAGGAAGCCCUUCUGGAGACGGAGCUUCGGUUGUGUUGGUGUCUCUUCUUGAGAGAGCUGCUGAAGUGGUGGUGGUUCCACGUGGGAACUCGAAUGAUGGGCUGUGGAGAGCGUCGUUCGAUGAGUUCUUCUCGCUGCUUACGAAAUAUUGCAGGAGUAAGUAUGAGACGAUCCAUGGUCAGAAUCAGGAUAAUGAAGCUGAUGUGUUGGAGAUGGCUAUAAAGAGGGAAAUGCCUGCUGAGCUUUUGCGUGCGAGUCUACGUCAUACUAAUGAAGACCAGCGGAAUUUUUUGCUGAACUUUGGUCGGAAAGCGUCGCCGGUUAGCGAGUCAACGAGCCGUGUGAGGGGUGGUCAGAUUAACUCUGAGUCUGUGAGGGGUUAA